AGAAAUGUGAUCAGAGUGAGACGUCACUCCAUCAUCACCUCCACUGGAGUGUGCUGCGUCAUCACAGUGUUAGGUAACAAACAGGAAAUGUACUUAUAUGUACAUUAAGGUGAUCGAUCAUCGCUUAUCAGCUGACUGACAGGAAGUCACACACCAUGAAGGACAUUUAAACAGGAAGUUGUUCUGAUCUUUGUUUACAGUGUUUGCGUCUCUUCUGAUUGGUUCAUGAUGACACAACUUUAAUACUUUGCUCCUCUCUGUGUCUGAGAGCAGCUGUUUACCUGGACAGGUAUGAAUCAAAGUAAUUAAUGAGCAGCAUAUCAGGUCUAAUCAAGGUCGACUUUGACCCCGUCUGGAUCACAUGGUCAUAUCAGGACAGGCUGAUUCUCAUUGGUCGUUUGAAGGGAGGAUUUGAUGAGUCAUGAUCAGCUGGAGCCAACAAACCAUGCUAACACAUGGAGGACGGAUAGGACCAACUUACAACGUUCUGACUCCACACGGGUCACGCCGGGGCAUGAACACGUCUGAAGGGAUCUGACGUAAUCUGACUUCUCAGUUUCAUCCUGAAGCUGUUGACUGAAUCAGAACUUCACUCUAGAACCAGAACCUGAGCUGUAGAUCCAUAGACGGCAUCCAGACCAGCACGGACUCAGGUUUGAAGUCGUCAUGUCGGACUCCAGCAGAACUGCUGACGAUGCGAGGGCCGCAUUCCAGUCCUGUAAAAGUCGUGAUCCGAAAGACCAGGUUCAGUUCUAUGACAGCUGGGCAGAGAACUAUGAAGAGGAUCACACCCUGAUGAGUUACCGCGCACCGGACCUGGCAGUAAACUUCCUGUCUGAUCACUUCUCUGGGAAUCCGGAAGACGCUCUGGUUCUGGACGUGGCCUGUGGGUCUGGAUGGGUCGCUAGAGUGAUGGUUAAACUGGGCUUCAGGCUCUUUGUGGGAGUGGACGGCAGUAAAGGCAUGCUGGAACAAGCUGCUCAGACCGGCCUCUAUCAGGACCUCAAACUGGCCUUACUGGGACCAGAACCACUGCCGGCACCGCCUGACACGUUUGAUGUGGUGAUCAUGGUCGGCGCUCUGGAUGAUGGUUUCGCUCCGGUCAGUGUCGUCAGGGAGCUCUGCAACGCCGCCAAACCAGGAGGUUUGGUGUGCAUGGCGAGAGGCGAUCACAGAGCGACAUCAUCACACAGAUACAAGAAGGAUCUGGAGAGAGAGCUGCAGCUGAUGGAGGAGGACGGACUGUGGAGUCUAGUCAGAGUCCAACACGUCCACAGAUACAUGGAGGACCCACAUGUGACGCAGGAGGAGCAGGAGGAGCAGGAGGAGCGCUACAUCACAGGAAACAUUUACCUGUACAGGAAGUCCAGCAGAGCAGCAGUCCACUCAUAAACAAACUGUGAUUAAAAGAAUAAAAGACAAAAAGUGAAUUCAGGCUUUCACAUCGUUUAUUAAUAAUAAAAAUCGUUUAUUUCAGUAUUUUAAUGAAUUCCAUUAUUAAAGUUUACUGACCAAUCAUCAGCCUCUGUCUCUGUGAAGUGAAGCCACAACCUGCAGUUCCUCUAACGUCCACCUGAGGCUGGCUCCA